AUGUCAUCGGCACGAAAACCAUCGGCCAGUAAGGGCGGACGAAGCUCAAAACAAUUUCAAAGACCCGAACACUGUCUGACUUUUGAUCCAUCGGAAGUGUUUAAAGUUAUUUCUUGUGAUGAUUUUGAUUUUUAUAUUGACAAGAGAUGUGCAGUGUUAUGCAGGAAAUUUAAAGAAGUAAUUGCUGAAGGACAAUCGGAAAUUCAAGUGGAUUUUGAAGCUAAUGUGAUAGAACAAGUGAUCAAAUAUUUGUACUAUAAACAACGAUAUGAUCCCGAAUCGGAAAACAGACCAGAAUUUCAAGUGGAAUUGUAUACUGCUUUGGACGUUAUGACAGCGAGUUUUCAAUUAGGUUGUUGA